AUGCCUAAACUGCUUUCGAGUCUCGUUUAUGAUAAUGGCGUCCUUCAGAACUUCCCUACUACGUUACGAGCUCAACGACUCUCCAAACGAGAGAGAUCUAUUGCUAGGCAACAGGCUAUUGCUGAAGAGAAGGAGCGUCGAAAACUUCUCGAAAUCUUGGAAGCUGAAAUAGGAGCGCGUGAUGCUCUGCUUCCACCACUGGUGCCAGACAUAAGCUCUGGUUCUUCUACCGCGGCACAGUCAGACUCUUCGUCUGACCUGUCAAAUGUGCCAGAUCAACAAGAUUCAAACGCGAAACGACGUCGUAAUGAUGACAGUGAUGAUAGUGAAGGCAGUGGUGGUAGCAGUAGCAGUGAAGGAUCUCCAUCUCGCAAAAAGAAACGAGUAGUAUGGAAGGAAGAGUUGGUAGAAGUACGCUUCAUGUCUUUAGAGGAGGAUUCUGCUCAUAUAGUCCCCCAACCAGAAUUACUACCAAAUGCAGUAACAUCACCAUCUGCAUCAGACGCUUCACCACCUAUAGUAGUAGUCGGUCAACCACAAUCACCACCAAAUUCAUCGCCACCACCUGUAUCACCAUGUGAAUCAGACGCCUCCGCACCUAUUAUGAUAGUCGCUCAACCAGAAUCAACACCAAAUGCAUCACCACCACCUGUAUUACCAUCUGUAUCAGACGCUUCACCAGCUAUAGUAGCAGUCGAGCCAUUCUUCCAAGUAGCAGAAGUCCGACCACCAAAAGUUGCUGCCUUCAUUGCUCUUUGGGACGACGACGAACCUCUCGAAUAUAUUGAAUACGAUAGGAGCAGUAGUAGUAGCAGUAGUAGUGACGAAGAAUUAGUAGUACCAAACGUGAAACCCAAACCAAAAUCCAAACCCAAAGCAUCUACUACCAAGUCCAAAUCCAAACCACAUCGUAAACACCAAAUUGUCGAUGAAGAAUCAGACGACGAGGAGGACGACAAAGUCGAACAGAUUCGUAACUCAGCUACUUUGUAUGAUGAAAUCGAUUGGCAAGAGUCAAUGCCAUUGGAUUCCGAGCGUGACCACGACAAGGUUAAUGACGUGUACCUCUACGAAGAUGAUGAUAUGGAAUGUGGUGAGGAGGAUGCUAUUGGAGAAGUUGAGGAGGAUGAAGAGCAAGCGGCAGUUGUUGUUCGAUUCCCCAGAAGCUUUGAGCUCAAAAUUACUUUACGAAUCCUGGAAUAUUUGGACAACAAGACUGUACUCAAGGCUCAUCGUGUCUCUCGCUUCUGGAAUCGAAGUCUCAACAAGUUUGAUAAACGAAUGUGGAUGCAUCGUGUCAUGGAGCUUGAUCCUGGAGCUACUGUUGCAGAUCGUUUAUCAACUUGGAAAAAGGUUUAUAUAUGGCAUCAAAUGAUUACAGAAGGCCUCUGCUAUACAACCUUUGUAUCCAGGAUCUCCAAGGAUGGCUUCAUAUCUCCGACAUCCCACCUGAUGAUCCAAUCACGCCCAACAAGAGCCAUGGCAAAAGCUCAAAAGUUGGCAACAAGUGAUUCUGCAACAAAGUUAUCGAAUGAUAUCAAGCAUUUUUAUAUGGUCGUGCCAUCUGAAGAUCGCCGUAUGUUCGAUUCACCAAGCUCAUUCCCACUCCCGAAAGCCUUCCUCACAAUAGACAUGAGGUUGGGCAUAGUAUAUCGCGCUGAUGGGCUAUGGAGACCAUCAAAUCUUCAAAUGACAAAUUUGUGGUCGUUCGCAAGCCACUCACGAAAAUUGGGUCGUUUGAAUGGGCCAGUAUUCGAUGCUUGCUUCUUGCCAGAAGCUAGUAUGCUGGUCACGAGUCCUUGUGCUACUAUAGAUGACGACCAUGAAUGCAUCAAAAUGUAUAAAAUGCGUGAUGGUAUUCUUGAAGAAAAGUAUGUUAUACCAGCGGCUUCUGCUAGUCCUUGUGCCAAAUAUCCUGCUUCAGUCUUGGCUGCUGAUGAGGAAGCUGGUCUUUUGGUUGUUACUCAUGAUGGAUGGAUUAAUAUUUGGUCUAUUGAUAAAACUGAAUGCAAGGAGACUAUUGAUGUACAUCGAUAUGUCAAUCCUGAAGAGCAAAUUGAGAAUGUGGCUAUUGGUGGUGAUUAUGUUGUCGUUGUUACUCGAAGCUCGAACUUUAUACUGGUAUUUGACGUCGUAACUGGUCAACAUCUUCACACCUUCGAUCAAUGCUGUCACGCAUUGCAUGCUCGAACUGGUGAAUCAAAGAAGUGGAGUGAGCAUUGUACCUCCCAACUUCUCAUUCAAGGACCCCUACUCUUUGCAUCUCAAAACCAUCGAGACUGUCGUAUCCAAGUCUUCAAUCUACAUACUGGCCACCACUUUUAUACCCUAAAACCAUACGACAAGAAUCUUGUCAUCAACCAAUACAUUACGAGUAUGUACAUGUCUGCUGAUCGGAUGACGUUGGCUGUAGGAUUGAGUAGCUCAGAUAUCAUCUUGUAUGAUUUCUGGCCUGUAAAAAUCAAUCGUAGUGUUAUUACAGCUGAAAAGGAUGUGGAAGUCGCUGCUGCAAAUAAUGCUGGAGUGUUCCCAUUCUCGGUCUUGUAUCGGGAGUUGAAAGAAGUAGAAGAAGGGAGGUUGGAAGAGGUUGAAGGUGUAUUGCUCUUCUGA